AUCUGAUGCAUUGAAUAUUCACAGCUGUAACCCAAUAAUCUGUCGACCUUUUCUCUCUAGGCCAUUACAGCUGCAUGUGACCCCUUGUCCCCUUCUUUCACUGUCUCCUUUUACGAAUGGCACUCAAACCCUCCUCACUUCACUACAAUAGAAACCGACACUCAAAUCACAAACUAAACUAGUACUAAAACGGUAAAACCCACCACUGCUCUUUCAACUCUCGCUCACGCUCUCUCUCUCUCUGCUUUAUCCAUGGCAUACCCAUCUCCUUCAAACCUUCUUUUCCUCUGUUUUCUGCUCGUUUUCGUCAACGUGGGUCCUUAUGUUGGUGCUCAGCUUGAAGAUUCGAGCUUGAAUCUGAUGAGUAGUAGUGAGGCAUUUGAGUGGCCCACCACAACAAUGUCAUCACCGUACGACAGCGACGAGCUAGAUGAAGAGGAAGAGGAUGAGAACAGCAUGGAGGGUGGGCUGAGUCGUAGGUCACUGUUCUGGAACAGAAUGAGGUACUACAUUUCGUACGGUGCACUCUCUGCCAAUAGAAUCCCAUGCCCACCUCGCUCUGGAAGAUCUUACUACACCCACAAUUGCUACAAGGCCACAGGCCCAGUUCAUCCUUACACUAGAGGCUGCUCUAGAAUCACUCUCUGCCGGAGAUGAGGAGAGAGAGAGAGAGAGAGAGGUACUGUAUAUCUCAGCUUGGAGUUGGAUUACCACCUACGUUUCGAGGUUUUUAUAUAUGUUAGAUUAAAAUGCUUAUUAUUUUCUUCUACUUAUGUUGAGUGGGAAAAUUGUGUGAGUUUGGCUGUUUGUGCUGAGAAUUGAGAUUGAGUAGUAAUGUAGCUUGUUUAAUGGCAUCGCUUUGGUGCUAAUUAAGUAUUGAGUAUUUGUAUUUUAUGCUAGGCACUCUUGUUUUUAUGGGAAUUUGUUUUAGUCUGAUUCCUGGAUAUGAACGGGAUUCUUCUGGUUUA